AUGCAAUCAAAAUCGCUCGUUUUAUUGGUCGCCGCCAUCAUUGCCCUCUGCUCGGGCUCCUACGAGGACUAUGAGACGCCCCUGGUAAGUGAUAAAUCAGCGAUUCCUAAUUCCGCCAUCUUUUUUCAGGACAGCUACGAAACAUCGGAUUAUCUACCUAAGGUUUCUUUUUGUCUAAUCUUUUCCUGAAAUUUUACGACAUUUUACGAAAUUUUAAUCCCUUAGGCAUUAGGCUUCGAAUGCAAUUAGUAUAGUUCCUGUCAGGGUUUCCCCUUCCAAAAGGAAGCCUCACAUGAACUCUCAUCUCAUUGUAGCAUGCUGCGAUUCUGAUUCCACGUCGUCUAUUCCUCACGCCAGGGGAGACCCAUCUAGAGAACAUCCAAUCGAGAAUACUGAAGAGACGAGCCUCGGUAACUAUGCGCACCCUUUUGCACUUUUGCACCCUAACAACCUAUUUUUUCUUGUUUGAUCCCCAAAAAUCAGAUUUCCUCUUUAACCACUUCUACGUCUCGUUUAAUCCUAUCAAUCGUCUCAAUCAAAUCAUUGUAACAUUUAUAAACUACGUCUUGAUAUGGCGUAGACUAACCGUCAAGUCUUGAAAAUGAAAACAAGGAGGAUGAUCAGAUGGGAAAGGGAAAAGUAAAAGUAAACCGAUUUGAUACGAGAUAGGCCGGUUCUCUGAACACUUGGUCAAGUCUAAAACACACCGGUCAUUUUUUCGCUAUUCUGAUCAUGUGGCUCUUGAGUCUGCGUUUGCAUUUCAUCGCUGGAUUGUUCACUUUUUGGCCUGUGACAAACGGCACUCAAGUAACGUUAUUCCAAGUGUUAAAGUUUUGCAUACAAACUGUCGCCUGCAUGACAAAUCCGUAACUGAUCAUGAAAGAUGUUUGAUUUGAAAGGGUUUAGUGAGAGAACGCUUAGGAAAAACAAAUGUAUGAUAUCAGAAUGAAGAAAAAAUAACUAUUAUAGCCGGAAGAUGGAUUCACGAAGCGCGCCACUUCUUCCUCGGACCGUCUAGCCGCUAUUCCCCGCUCUGGCCUCAUGAUCUCCGGACGUGGUUGGAUGCCAGGAUUUGUUGACCAGCCUCGGGUCUUCAAAAGAGUGAGUUCUCAAAUCAGCAACAAUCCUAAUCAAUAUUCUUCAUUUUCAGUCGCUGCCACUGCACAAAAUCCUGAUGCGACCGGUCAAUGUUCCAGUCGCAUAG